AUGCCACAAGAAGAAGAAGAAGUCGCAAAGAUCUUUGCCUGUCCCCAGUGCCCCAAAAUAUUUGCCACCCGAUCCAACCUAAAGCGCCACAUGGAAAAUCCAAAUAUUCACAAUAUCCCCUACAUUCGUAGCCGUGAUCAAAAGCGAUGGAAGGGCCAUGCAAAAAAGGUCGUCUCCAAAGAAGAGACAACGGAGAGGAUGCGUAAAUGGCGUGCUGAAAAUCGAGAAAAGAAUCGACAAAACGAUCUUCGUUGUCGAGUCUACCGUCUUGCACGUCAAAAGUUUGGAGAACAUGACAGUCCAGAAAAGCAAAGUUUUGUUAGAGACGAAAUAACUCGACGUCUUGGACGACGCAUGUUAAUCGAACAAAAAGAAUCGCGCCAAACUGACGAUGAAUUUUGGUCAGAGGUACUCCCACGCACCCACCACCACCACCACCACCUUCAUCAUAACAGCAAUCACGCAUAUAAUAACAGCCAAAAUCAUAACCACAAUCCCCAAGACCACGAUGACCACGACCACGAACUCGACAUCGAACUCGACAUCGACCUCGACCUCGACAUCGACAUCAACCAUACUCACUCACACUCACGCACUCUCACUCGCACUCGCACUCGCACUCGCACACACCCACACCCUCAUACACACACACACACACACGGACUUGGACACGGACACGGACACGGACACGGACUCGGACACGGAUACGACCAUGACCUUGGCCUCGACCACAAACUCAAACACAAUCACAACAAUCACAGCAAUGCCAAUCAGAAUCACCGCCACCAAUGCCACUCUCCCUCGUGCGACCUUGUUGAAGAUGAAGAAGAAAUUACAGAAGGUGGGUUUAUACGGCGCCACCUUGUCGAGCUGCCAUUCUACAGUGCCCCACAGCAGACAAUUGAACUGCCCUCAAUUGCAGACAUGCGCCAGCCUGUACCGGUUCCCUUCCACUUCAGUCGACCCUGGGCUUCCGAAACCUCCCCAUCUGCCUACUCCUCAACAUCCUCUCUUUCUUCCUCACCAACCUUACCACAUCUAUCGCCAUCUCUACGCAGUCAGCGACGGACGAGCAGUAGCAGUGUCAGCAGUGUCAGUAGUCUCGUCGGAGAAUCCCUCGAACUCCUUGUUCUGCCCCCUAUCCAUCAUGCGUCGUACGGGUCCAGCAACACUGUCGAAACCAAAGACACCAUAAAAUAUGUCGAACAGACAAAAAUACUCGACGAAUUCGUAGGUGUCGUUCUCCACUACGCCGACACAAACCAACGUCAACAGACCGAACCAUCUGUCAUCUAA